CACAGUGAUCCCUGCUGGAGGACAUGCGGUACUACUACGGACACACAGUAUGUCCCGGGACCGUGUUUCUCAACCAGGUUGGCCUCAGUGUCUCUCAGCUGUCCACACUCAGAGGGACUGAAGAUGUCCUGGACUUCUGUGACCUUCCUGGCUCUCCUCACUGUGCUGCUUGCACUUUCCUUGUCCCCAGAGGCUGACUCUGCAGCUGUGCCUGGCAGUGGAGGCACCCCCAAAGACCCACAAGGUCCGAUGAAGAGGAUCUUCAUGAAAGAGGCAGACGCCUCAAACUUCUUCAGGAAGCGCACCAGAAGAGGAUCAAAGUCUCAAGAUGAGAUAAAUGCUGAGCAGAGACAGAUCCUGGCUGCAGAUGAGCGAAAGAGAGAGUUUCAUGAGGAGAAGAGAAAUGAGUUUGAGAACUACGCAGAGGAAGAGAAUGAUGAGCAAGAUGAGAGGACCAGAGAGAGCACCGAGCAGUGGAGGGAGUUUCACUAUGAUGGGAUGCAUCCUCCUCAGGAGUACAACCGACACUCCAUCUGAGAGCGAGAGGGGUGAUGCUGUGAGCUGAGAGGGUGCAAAAUAAUUAACUGUGCAGUGAAGCUUCAGUGUACAGAUGCUGUUAAAAAGAGACUUUAGCUACAGAGUGAGCUAUUUAGACAUAACCUAAUGUAGGCAUCAGCUUUGAGUCCUCCGCAGAGAGCAGUGUGUAUGAGAAGUUAUGAAAGUGUAUCGGUAUUAUAUUAUACUACUAACUGAUUUAAUAAUAUCUAUCAUAACAAGAGUAGUCUUUUUAAUUUAUUCAAAUGCAAAUAUGGUAAAAGAACCUCCUACUGGGUUUAUACAUUUCAUUAACUACAUUGCAAGUAUUAUUAAAGUUUAUAUGUAUUAGGAGCUAUUAUUUAAAAAUGUAUCUAUAUUGUUGAACUAUUAUCGUUACUUUUAUAUCUUUGGGCUGUCAGAUGUUGGAAAACAAGAAAAUGCAGGAAUCAGGACUUUUAACAUCCAAAAUGACUCUAUUGCCAAAACUAAUUAAAAGGAAAAGUGAACUUUUGAUAGUUUUGCUUUAAAAAUAAUCCAAUAAAUCAUUCACAGACACAGAAAUGCUUGGUUAUGCUAAUAGUCAGCAAAUGUGAAAAUCUGUAGUAAAUUUCUUACAAGAAAUUCCUCCCCCAACGUGUCCAUAAAGGUGUCGUAAUACAGAUCACAUGUUUAAAUUCAGCUCCUGUAGAAAAAUCUGUGAGAGCUACAGAAAGUUGGGGUACCAUGAACCUUACUGGUGAAGAAAUACAAAUGCCUAUCUCUGCCUAAGGUAGCUUGUGACGAGUCAAACCAGUGUUUUUCAGAACUCUGAAAUGAUUGCAAGCCUUUGUUUUGCACCAAGACCACUAUUUGAAAAAAAAAAAACAUAACCCCAUAACCCCAUAACCCCUAACCUUAACCCUAAAAAUUACUUGAAAUUAUUCAAGAAGAACUCACUUCAGUGGGCCAAAAUAAAAUAAACACCUAAAAAUGAUCAAGAAACUUAAAUUAUCAUCUUAUUUUUAAGGAAUUACUUGGUAAAAUACCACCAUAUUACCACAAUAUUACUAGAGUUAGGAAUAGGGUAAGGGUCAAAUACCACCUAAUAACCAGACAAUUGCCACAAUAUUACAAAGAAUUACUUGAUAAUGAAUACAUUAGUAAUGGAUAAAUACUUUUUUAAUAUUACUAAGUUAUUACUUGGUAAAAUAAUAACCUCUCACAAGGUAACUACCAUCUUUUUCUUGAGACAUAACAAGAAAAAUGCCAUUUCCUACUUUAUAAAUACAGGGUGAAAAGCAUCCACUAAAAUAAAAUACAACUGGUUUGUUAGUUCUCUUUCUACAUAAAUCUUGGCAGUCAUUAUCACUUUUUGAUAGUGGUUUAGUUGCAAAUCACUUGCAAUCACUUCAGAAUAAGGGAAAUUCCUCACAAGCUAUUGAAGGCAGAGAUGAUCCUUUUCAAAUCUGCACCAAUCAUGUCCAGGAUAACCCUGCAUUUAGCCGCUCUCACGUUUUUUUUUUUUUUUUCAGGAGUUUAAUUAAAAUCUUUCAACAUGUUAUCAGUAGGGCUGUCAAAAUGAAUGCAUUAAUCACAGAUUUUACAGCCUCAUUUUUCAUGAUUUUAAAGCUUCAUUUUAUACACUUAGAGAUGUUUUAUUUGACUGAAAUUUGAUUUAGGGGUUCAUAACACAAUUAACUAUCAUACAGCAAACCUAAAUACAGAUUCAUUUUCACUUUACAGGGUCUUUAAUCUCUACUUUUACUUUAAAAAACUUGAAUGUUCACUUUAGGCAAGUCAAAAGUUAUCCAACCCUUGUGUUAUCAAAAAUGUACCUCAUUACUGUUCACUUAUUUCCCUCCAGAUCCAUUACAAGUUCCUUUUUCCAUAGCCAAUUCAUGUUAAAAUCUUUUACCUAUCAA